UAGGAAGCAUAUUUAUUAUUUUACUUGUGAAAGGAGUAACAUAUGUUAAUUCAUUUCAAAACCACAUUUUUGCCUUUGGAAAGUGUGUUAUUCAUGAAAUUGUAAAAAUAAGAGCCUUUUCUAAUAAUGAAGUUAAAAAUAAUGAACGGUGAAAAUAAUUAUAUUGCAUUUACUUGUUUUGAUGGAUACAAUCUCUGAAAUAACCUCUUUAUGUUAUCAGUCUUCCUUGUAAACUAGGAAACCUUUCUCAGUUGAAAUUUUUAGCUCUGGAAGGAAAUCCUUUAAGAGCAAUCCGAAGGGAUAUUCUACAAAAAGGAACACAAGAAAUCCUGAAAUACCUUAGAAGCAAAAUACAAGAUGAUGAAAUAAUUAACCCAAAUGGAGAAUUUCCCAUGACAGCAAUGACUUUGCCAAGUCAGUCCAAAAUUAAUAUGCAUGCUAUUACUGUGCUGAAGACAUUAGAUUAUAGUGAGAAACAGGCCGUUGUAAUACCGGAUGAAGUUCUGAAUGCGGUUGGAGACAAUCCAGUCAGUAAUGUAAACUUCAGCAAGAAUAAUCUGACUGAAAUCCCAGCAAGGAUUGUGGAACUAAAAGAAUCUGUGAGUGAUAUUAAUUUGAGUUUCAAUAAGCUGUCUUCUGUUUCACUGGAGCUAUGUAUGCUUCAUAGACUGACACAUUUGGAACUCAGAAAUAACAUUUUGACAUCUCUGCCAGAUGAAAUGGAAGCAUUGACAAAACUACGGAUAAUAAAUAUUGCCUUUAACAGAUUUAAAAUAUUUCCAUAUGUCCUCUAUCGUAUCGUGACUCUUGAAGCCAUCCUUCUUGGAAAUAAUCAGAUUGGAUCCCUAGAUCCUCAACAGUUAAAGAAGAUGGAAAAGCUCAGUACUCUAGAUCUUCAAAACAAUGAUCUCCUACAGAUUCCACCAGAACUUGGGAAUUGUGACAAUCUCAGAGUACUUUUACUGGAAGGUAACCCUUUCCGAACUCCCCGUGCAGCUAUUCUGGCUAAGGGAACAGCUGCUGUGCUUGAGUAUCUGAGAAGCAGGAUUCCUACUGUUGCUGCUGAUAUGAACUAAAAAGUGUGCAACAUCUUACUUUCUGAAGAACGAAGAUCAUGGCGUUUGUUGUUGGGAAACUUACCUUGAAAAUGCGUAUGCUAGGAUGUUGCUUCUAGGGUUCUCAAAGGAUUUUAGCCUACCAGCAGGCAACUCAGGCUGUUCUUGGGGCUAUACUUGUAUGGCA